AGACAAGAAAGAAAACACUCUAUGAGUGUUUGAAUUGAGAGCCCCCAAAGUAGGGAAAUAAUUGAAAAUGAAGAAAAGCUCCAAGUUGAUCAUGGGUUCCUCCUCCAGUAGACUUUCCACUCGCCCUUCUGCUUCUUCUACUCACAGGGUCAACCGUUUCAGAUUAUCGUCUCUUCUAUGUGGCACCUCCACCUCUCGCUCCAUUCAUCAGAUGGAAGAACAUUCAUCUGAACUUCAGGUUCAUUUAGCAAGAAAUUUUGAUGGUGAAAUUCAUAAAGUCACUGAGGAAUCAUCUUUAUCAUGUACAGAAGCUAGAAUUAGCUGCAGUCCCCCUGCUGAAACUUCAACUUCAUCUGGUAUGAGAACCGAGUUCCAUGGGAAUACUAGUGCUGGAAGUUCUUAUAGAAACGUUGCAACACAGAUUCAGAGGAAUCGCUUGUCUGAAAAUGAGGAGCAAGCCCCUCCUUGUCAGGUAAGUAGUGCUGGUCAUAGUGGUCGUGAAUCAUGUAGUGAUAGUAGCAACACAGCUAGUACUUCAUUUGUAGCACAGCAGUCUUCAGAUCCAGUCUCUGUAAAUGUUUCUGCUAACAAGGAUGUAGUUAAUGACGUUAAUAAUCCAGUGGUUAGAGGUGGUGGUGUCUCUCAAGUCUCUAAUGAGACAGUGCAUCCAAGAAGUUCAACCCCUCAGGAGCAUGGGGAAAUUUCAGUUGAGAAUCACACUAGUGCAUUCAUAUCUAUCCAGAAUUCUUCCAACUUUGUUUCUCAAGGUUCCAACUCAGCAGCAACGUCUCAAGGGCCAGAAGAAGAACCAUGUCGUGAGACAAUACCUUCAGGUUUAGGCAUUCUCGUAUCCAAUCGGGAAAGAGGAACAGGAAACGAUAGUGUGCUUCAAGUUGAUGUAGUCACAAUAUCUUCCAACAUUUUGUCUGGAAGCAAUGCUGAUGCCAAUGAUCAUGACGUUAGAAGGAAUGGAAGAAGGUUAUUUUGGGAUGCUUUUUCACGCCGUAGUUCUAGAAGGCUCGGUGAUUCUCCAACCUUUGUCUUCUCUACCGGAGGCGCUGAUGAUCCUGGAUCUCAAGAUCGGUGGCUAGUUGAUUUUGGUGGUGAUUUGUCAAAUGAUGGGGUUGGAGGUGCUUCUGCAUACAUGGGCAGUAGAAUUCACAGAUUGAAUGAACGAAGAAUGCGGCACUCGAGAUCGGAGAUCUGGGAUAGGCUUCGUGGCGGCUUUGACGAGAUUGGGCGAUGGAAUUCAUGUCCACUAGGACUCCAUGCAGAUGGCAUGUGCUCAUGUGAGUCUUCCCCAAUGGCUGAGGAAUCAAGCACUCGAGCAAGUAUUUCAAGAAUAGUCAUGCUGGCUGAGGCUUUGUUUGAGGUUUUAGAUGAAAUCCAUCGACAACCUGGAUCACUGUCUCUAUCCAUGGUCUCACUCCCUGCCCCUGAAUCAAUUGUUGAUUCCUUUCCCCUGAAAUCUCACAAAAAGGUUGAAAUGGCUGACGGAGGCAAUGAUGUUGAACAAUGUUACAUAUGUCUGGCGGAGUACGAAGAAGGGGACCAAAUACGAGUUCUUCCUUGCCUCCAUGAGUAUCACAUGUCAUGUGUGGAUAAGUGGCUUAAAGAAAUACACGGUGUAUGUCCUCUGUGCCGUGGCAAUGUCUGUGGAGGGUUCACAGAGUCUUCUACCAACUCAGAAGUGCAAUCUCACUGAAAUUGUACAUAAAAUGUAAAUAUUUAAAUUUAGACCAAGCUUCCAUUUGGCUCCUCUUAAAGAUACACAUUUGGCAUCAACAUUGUUCAAGCUAUUGUCACACACAAACUUCACCAAGAGACUGUUUUGGUGUCACCGAAAAUCUUCAAAGGACUAAUUUCACAUCACAGAUCUUUAAGAGACUAAAUUGAUACGAACUGUACCUUAUAAUACCUAAAAAUAAUGGCUUAAAGCAUAUUCGGCCACUGCCAAUGAUAUGCAUUAAACUUUUUUAGAGUCUUGAGUACAAAGUGAGAUUUUGUAUCAGAAUUUUACGAUGAUUCCGUAAUCUUAUUUUUAUAGCACAUA